UGUCACAUAUACAUCUUCCUUGAUUAGUUUUGUAAGGCUUAAUCAGCGAUGGAGUACUCGCCGAAGCUAGCAGUAGUGGUGGUCUUAGCUCUCGCGUCCGCCAUGGCGGUCACGGCCCAGAACUCGGAGCAGGACUUCGUGGACGCCCACAACGCGGCGCGCGCCGACGUGGGCCUUGGUGAGGUGACAUGGGACGCUACCGUGGCAGCCUUCGCGCAGGACUACGCGGAUCAGCGCCGCGGCGACUGCCAGCUGAUCCAUACUCCUGAUGGCCGGCCGUACGGGGAGAACCUCUACGGAGGCGGCGGCGGCGGGACCGAGUGGACGGCGACGGACGCCGUGAAUUCGUGGGUGUCGGAGAAGCAGUACUACGACCACGACAGCAACACCUGCUCGGCGCCGGAUGGUGAGUCGUGCGGGCACUACACGCAGGUGGUGUGGCGCGACUCGACGGCCAUCGGUUGCGCCCGCGUCGUCUGCGACAGCGGCGACGGUGUGUUCAUCAUCUGCAGCUACAACCCGCCAGGCAACUUCCCCGGGGUGAGCCCGUACUAGGCUAUAUGCAUCAUGCAUGCAUGCGAGCGUGCAUGUACGUACGGCGUAUUGCAUAAAUAAAAUGAUUAAGCUGUGAUAACUGCAGUGUGAUCAGAGAUGUGAUAUCUAAUUAACCAGCCGGCCGGAUUUGAGGCCAUAUAUUGUUUAGACCGGCUGUAUAUAUGUACUGUUAUGAUUCAGGUAAUAAGUUGUGUUAUUGUACAAGCAGUGUAUAUGGAUGAAUAUAUGGUUCUACUAUUAUACUGACUAUGGU